UUCGAAACCACACCAUUUAACGAUUUUGAAAAUUGAUUCCAUUUCAAUUUUAUCAAAAACAUAAGCACAUCUAUAAAUUUCAGAAAACGGAAUAAAACAGAAUGAACGGUGGCGAUGUCGCCGUCGCCGGAUCCGACGAUCUGAAAUCCCCGCUCUUACCUGUCGUCCGACAUGAGGAGGAACCAUUCCAACGUCAAACGGUGGGGCAACAGCUUCGGACAAUAUUCACACCUAAAAACUGUUACAUAGCUCUCGGUCCUCUUCUUUGCGCCGUCGUGUGUCUAUGCGUACGCCUCGGGGGAGAUGACACGACGACGGCUAAGAACAUGCUCGGCGUUCUUGCUUGGAUGUUCGCGUGGUGGCUGACGGAGGCCGUUCCCAUGCCUAUCACCUCCAUGACGCCGCUCUUCCUCUUCCCUCUCUUUGGAAUCUCGUCGGCCGAUGUGGUGGCGGACUCUUACAUGGAUGACGUCAUCUCCCUUGUCCUCGGCAGCUUCAUCCUCGCUCUCGCCGUCGAACACUACAACAUCCAUCGCCGACUCGCCCUUAACAUAACGUUGGUGUUCUGCGUGGAGCCGCUAAACGCGCCGCUGCUUCUGCUUGGCAUAUGCGCUACAACAGCGUUCGUGAGUAUGUGGAUGCACAACGUAGCGGCUGCAGUCAUGAUGAUGCCAGUCGCUACGGGGAUACUUCAGAGGUUGCCCUCUUCGUCGUCUUCGUCGGAAGUUGUGCCUCCUGCAGUGGGGAAGUUUUGUAGGGCGGUGGUGCUUGGUGUGAUAUACUCAGCACCAAUAGGUGGAAUGAGCACACUCACUGGAACAGGUGUGAAUCUGAUACUUGUGGGAAUGUGGAAAAGUUAUUUCCCGGAGGCUGAUCCAAUCAGUUUCAGCCAGUGGUUCUUUUUUGGUUUCCCAUUGGCUUUGUGCUUAUUCGUGGUGCUUUGGGGUAUUCUAUGUGUUCUGUAUUGUCCCAGAGGAGCAGGAAAAGCUCUCUCUCCUUAUCUCCACAAAUCUCAUCUCAAGAGAGAGCUUGAGAUGUUAGGACCAAUGAAUUUCGCUGAGAAGAUGGUCUUAACCGUGUUUGGUGGGUUGGUUGUGUUGUGGAUGACAAGAAAUAUAACAGAUGACAUCCCCGGCUGGGGUGUGAUCUUCGACGGCCGGGCAGGGGAUGGAACGGUGAGUGUGAUGAUGGCGACAUUGCUGUUUAUAAUCCCAAGCAAGAUUAAGAAAGGAGAGAAGCUGAUGGACUGGGGCAAAUGCAAGAAACUUCCAUGGAACAUAGUCUUGCUAUUGGGAGCUGGAUUCGCUAUAGCCGAUGGAGUGCGCACAAGUGGCUUAGCCGAAGUCUUAUCAAAAGGACUGGUCUUUCUCGAAACAGCUCCUUAUUGGGCAAUUGCUCCAACCGUUUGCCUCAUAGCUGCUAGCAUCACAGAGUUCACCUCAAACAACGCAACAACUACAUUGUUGGUCCCGUUGCUGAUAGAGAUAGCAAAGACAAUGGGAAUACACCCUCUGCUACUGAUGGUUCCAGGUGCCAUAGGGGCUCAGUUCGCUUUCUUGCUCCCAACGGGAACACCCUCAAACGUCGUUGGGUUCACAACGGGGCAUAUCGAGAUCAAAGACAUGAUCAAAACAGGAUUUCCUCUCAAGAUCGCCGGAACAAUCUUUCUCUCCAUCUUGAUGCCCACUCUUGGGGCAUACGUUUUUGCAUCAAAGGGAGGAGUUUAGUUUGACGAGGGAAACACAGCACACUAUUGGAUUAUCAUACCGCGCAUAAGUUUUUGAAUUGCCUUGUAAGCUAUAUAUAUGUGUAGAUAAUUAUUAUUAUUAUGGUCAAUACAUGUAUGAUGGAACUGGGAAAUAUAUAUAUGUGGUCAAAAAUUCACAAAAAAAUGGGACCGUUUUUGUAACCCACUCGAUGAUAGUUUUCGGCAAACAUUGCUUUCUUUUGUGCUUUCAA